AAUCACACAGUUUCUUGAAGCAGCUGGGAGGGGGGCCUGGAGCCAUGUCAAAAAUAAGACGGACACAACGAGAUGGUCGCCGGCAGUUGACACGUUUGGCUACCUCUAUCGUUCUCAUCGUUUCUGCCUGCCCUGCCGUCAUCACGGACGCGACCCGGGCCACCCUGUCGUUUUCCAUCCUUCCUCGCCUCUUUGCACGACGUGCAGGCAGCAGCAAUGGAUUGCAUCCUCUCUCUUCCCCUUCCUCCGCGACCCCCACCACCACUAGCCUGCCUGCAACUGAAAUCAAUGCUCCUUUCCCCCCCCCUUCGGAAUUUCCAACCUCUGAGCUAGGCUUUUCCUUCAGUCCUGCAGGCUUACUUUUCCCCUAUCACCUGGGUGUCGCGUCUGUGCUUCGGGAAAAGCGUUUGAUUACCGAUCAAGUCCCCCUGGGAGGCUCGAGUGCCGGUGCCCUUGUGGCGGUUUUGAUUGGCUCAGAUAUUUCGAUGAAAAAAGCUCUCGAUGCGUGCCACACCAUCAACAACCAAUGGAGCGGGGCCAUGUCUUUCACCGGAGUCAUAACAGAAAAUUUGUUCAACUUCGAUUUUGGUGGGGGAGCAGCCGACUCGCAUGAAGAGGCAGUGGCGGCGGCCUUGGCAGCAGGGGUGACGCUCCCUCCCUCCCUCCCUCCUUCCUACUCGACAAGGUUGACGAACAUCAACGGUCGUCGCACCCUCAAAGCCUUAUUGGAGGAGGUACUGGACCAGGUCCUUCCCCCAGACGCCCACGAGCGUUUGAACGCGCGGCCGGGGAAGGUGACGGUCGGUGUCACGAACUUGGGCUGGUCAGGUUUUCGCGCCAAUUUUUUCCUUCGGCCCCGGGCAAUUUCCUCCUUUGCCUCCCGCGCCGACCUGAUCGAAGUCCUCCUUGCCUCCUGCAACGUCCCCGUCCUCUUUGCCGGGUAUCCUUCGCUGCCCUGCCGGGGCCUCCCGUCCAUCGACGGCUACUUUAGCGUGCCUGCCCACCGGUUCGGCUGCCCUUACCUUGCGGGCGCUGCCCGUACCAUUUUGGUCUCACCCUUCCCGGCGACAGCUGUCAUGCGGGGCCCGGGGCCCACGGCGGAGGAGGAGGGUGGAAGGGAGUGGUUGAGUCCGGAGGUGGAGGAGGGAUGGGGGGGAGGGAGGGAGGAAGGGGAUGCGGGAGCUGUUGCGCGACGCGUGGUCGGUGAAUGGGAGGGAGGUGGUGGAGCGGUAUUACGAGUUAGGAAGGAGGGAUGCACAGGCAUGGGUGGAUAA